UGUUUUUAGCAUCUGCUAUCAGCAAUGCACUCACUACAUCCAAAUUCUAAUAACAUUAAAUCAUGCUUUGUUCGUCAUAUGAAUAUUCUGACAUUCAACGAAUAUGAAGAAAAAGAAGUAGUUAAAAUAUUUGGCACAAUAAUUGAUUGUCAUUUUGAUGAAUACAAAUCUGAAAUAAAAGAUCUAGGAAAAAUUGUGAUUUCAGCCACAAAAUCAGUUUAUUUAUCUAUGAUUAAAAGUUUUGCACCCAUUCCAACAAAAUGCCAUUAUGUCUUCAAUUUAAGAGAAUUUUCUCGUGUUCUUGAAGGGAUAUUUCUUAUUCAUUCUUCUUGUCUAAAAGACUCGGAUAAAUUGAUUCGUCUUUGGGUUCAUGAAAUGUAUCGAGUAUUUCACGAUAAACUCAUUAAUGAAGAUGAUAGGCAAGUUCUAUUAAUCUGUAGAUUUUACAAUUUAUUAUUUGGAGAUUAUAUCAGCAAAGAAAAUAAACAAAUGAUGUAUGAUGAGGUUAUAAAUGACCAUUCUGUUAUUUCUCUGUUAGAAAAAUACAUAGACAAAUACAAUAAAGAAAGCAAGACUCGCAUGGAUCUAGUAAUAUUUAAAUUUAUUGUAGAACAUUUUUCCAGAAUAAGCAGAAUUUUGAAAAUGACUAAAGGUCAUAUGCUUUUGAUUGGUGUCAGAGGAAGUGGACGUCAUAGUGUUGUGAGAUUGUCAUCUUUUGUUAAAAAUUAUAAUCUUCAUGAAAUCAAAAUGACAUCUAAUUACUCUAAACUGAAAUGGAAAAAUGACUUGAAAAAGGCAUGGCUCAAAUCUCUCAUCUACAUUUGUGAGAAUGUAUCCAAUUUGAAUGUAUCAGGCAAUUCCUAUUUCUUGAGAAGUCUCCCAGUUAAUGUCUCAAUGAUAACUUCAAUGGAUAAUGGAUCAAAAUAUGGAUUCAAUAUGAUAUGA